AUGGAGGCACUACGGCUGCGGCUGGCACAGCCCGGUGCCUUUGGCAUUCGGCUGGUCACCAAUCCGCAGGUGGUCCAGCUGGCAGCCAAUGGCGGGUUCGACGCACUCUUUAUCGACCUGGAGCAUUCGACACUGUCCGUCAACGAUGCCAGCCAACUGAGCAUGGCUGGCCUGUAUGCAGGGAUUACGCCCUUCGUUCGGGUCCCAUACCAGUGCGGCGACGGCUUCGUGCAACGCGUCCUGGACGGGGGGGCCAUGGGUGUUGUUUUCCCCCAUAUUCAUGACAGAGAGGAUGCCAUCGCUGCCGUCUCCAUCUCCAAAUACCCCCCGGCUGGCAAGAGGUCGAUGACGGGACAACUUCCAUACUUCUCUCUCAAGCCGACGCCGGCCGAGGUUUUCGUCGGGGAGAACAACGCUAAGGCAUCGUCGGUGUUCGUCAUGAUGGAGACGCGCGAAAGCAUCAAGAACGCAGACGAAAUCGCCUCGGUGGAAGGGGUCGACGUCCUCCUGAUCGGCUCGAACGAUCUGGCAACCGAGUUGGGCGUCCCGGCCCAGUUCACGAGUGACGAGUUCCGGUCGGCUGUGGAGGCCGUGAGCCAGGCGUGCAAGAAGCACGGUAAGAUAUUUGGUCUGGCUGGGAUUUACGAGAAUGCCGAGUUACAUGACUGGGCGUUAAACAAGCUGGGGGCUGGAUUCGUCUUGGUACAGCAGGAUUCUGGGAUUCUGGCUAGAGCGGGAAAGGAAUGUGCUGAGGCAAUCACGAAGCUUACUGGACGUUAGGACUCUCUCGUAC